ACGUUACCUCAACCAGCCGUCGUAUGAGGCUGGUGACCGUAUUCUGGUAGCAAACAGACCUCCACAAUGAUGGGAAUGUCAAACCUUUUCGUUUGGGAAUAAAAUAAACCAAGCUUCAGCUCAGGAAAAAGGAUGAAUUGUUGUGUCCGAGCUGGAAUUGAGGCAUCAGGAAGAGCUUGCUGUAUGUGGACGGUGAGCAGGGGGAUAUGACACGUCCAAAGUCUGCUGCUGUCUGGGGAGGAUUUCAUCUAUUUUACCAUUACUGGUACUUUACACAUCACCCAGGUGGGUAACGGCGUGCUGCUAAAUGGAGUCGGAGCAGCUGUACCACAGAGGCUACUGCAGGAACAGCUACAACAGCAUCGCCAGUGCCAGCAGCGACGAGGAGCUGCUGGAUGGAGCCGGUGUCAUCAUGGACUUCCACACCACUGAGGACGACAACCUGCUGGAUGGGGAUGCUGCCUCCCCAGGGUCUAACUACGCCAUGUCUAACGGGGGCGGCGCUGCCAGUAGCACCACCCAUCUGCUGGACUUCCUUGAGGAGCCCAUCCCUGGAGUUGGGACCUACGAUGAUUUCCACACCAUCGACUGGGUCCGGGAGAAGUGUAAGGAUCGUGAGAGGCACCGAAAGAUCAACAGCAAGAAAAAGGAGUCAGCAUGGGAGUUCACCAAGAGCUUGUAUGAUGCGUGGUCUGGUUGGCUGGUUGUGACACUCACUGGCUUGGCGUCAGGUGCGUUGGCUGGCCUGAUUGACAUUGCUGCUGAUUGGAUGAAUGACCUGAAGGAGGGCGUGUGUCUGAGCGCCAUGUGGUUUAACCAUGAGCAGUGCUGCUGGACAUCCAAUGAGACCACCUUCGCUGAGAGGGACAAGUGUCCUCAGUGGAAGAGCUGGGCUGAGCUAAUACUGGGACAGGCUGAGGGUCCUGGCUCUUACAUCAUGAACUAUUUCAUGUACAUCUACUGGGCUCUGUCCUUUGCCUUCCUGGCUGUCUGUCUGGUCAAGGUGUUUGCUCCCUACGCCUGCGGUUCAGGGAUCCCUGAGAUCAAGACCAUUCUGAGUGGGUUUAUAAUCCGGGGCUACUUGGGCAAGUGGACACUAAUGAUCAAGACCAUCACUCUGGUUCUAGCUGUGGCGUCUGGCCUCAGCCUGGGGAAAGAGGGGCCCCUGGUCCAUGUGGCCUGCUGCUGUGGGAACAUCUUCUCCUACCUCUUCCCCAAAUACAGCAAGAACGAGGCUAAGAAACGAGAGGUUCUCUCUGCUGCAUCAGCUGCUGGGGUCUCUGUCGCUUUUGGAGCACCAAUUGGUGGAGUUCUCUUCAGUUUGGAGGAGGUGAGCUACUACUUCCCUCUCAAGACCCUGUGGCGCUCCUUCUUUGCUGCCCUGGUGGCAGCCUUCGUCCUGCGCUCCAUUAACCCCUUCGGUAACAGCCGCCUGGUGCUGUUCUACGUGGAGUACCAUACGCCGUGGUACCUCUUUGAGCUCAUCCCUUUCAUCCUCCUGGGGGUGUUUGGAGGGCUCUGGGGCGCCUUCUUUAUCCGAGCUAACAUCGCCUGGUGCCGGCGGCGCAAGUCAACGCGCUUUGGCAAGUACCCAGUGUUGGAGGUGAUCCUGGUGGCAGCCAUUACAGCCGUGGUUGCUUUUCCAAAUCCGUACACACGUCAGAACACCAGCGAGCUGAUAAAGGAGCUGUUCACCGACUGUGGCCCGCUGGAGUCCUCUCAGCUCUGCCAGUACCGCAGCCAGAUGAACGGCAGCAAAGCCUUCACAGACAACCCGAACCGCCCAGCAGGGCCUGGCGUCUACUCCGCCAUGUGGCAGCUCUGCCUGGCGCUCAUCUUUAAAAUCAUUAUGACCAUAUUCACAUUUGGACUGAAGGUUCCGUCGGGCUUGUUCAUCCCCAGCAUGGCCAUCGGGGCCAUCGCAGGGCGAAUCGUUGGCAUCGCUGUGGAGCAGCUUGCCUACUAUCACCAUGACUGGUUCCUGUUCAAAGAAUGGUGUGAGGUGGGAGCCGACUGCAUCACUCCAGGGCUCUAUGCCAUGGUGGGGGCCGCAGCCUGUCUGGGUGGCGUGACUCGUAUGACCGUCUCCCUGGUUGUUAUUGUGUUUGAACUGACGGGAGGGUUGGAAUACAUCGUCCCCCUCAUGGCCGCUGUCAUGACCAGCAAAUGGGUGGGUGACGCAUUUGGCCGAGAGGGAAUCUAUGAAGCCCACAUUCGACUGAAUGGAUACCCCUUCCUGGACGCCAAGGAAGAAUUCACACACACUACCCUGGCCAGAGAGGUGAUGAGGCCUCGGCGCAGUGACCCGCCGCUGGCGGUGCUGACGCAGGAUGACCUGACGGUGGAGGAGCUGCAGGGCAUUAUCAAUGAAACCAGUUAUAAUGGUUUCCCCGUGAUAGUGUCCAAGGAGUCGCAGAGGCUGGUGGGCUUCGCUCUGCGCAGGGACAUCACUAUUGCUAUAGAAAACGCUCGUCGGAAGCAGGAGGGCAUCAUGUUGAACUCCAGGGUGUACUUCACCCAGCAUGCACCCACCCUGCCAGCUGACAGUCCUCGACCCCUCAAGCUGCGCUCCAUCCUGGACAUGAGCCCCUUCACCGUCACCGACCACACCCCCAUGGAGAUCGUGGUGGACAUUUUCAGAAAACUGGGGCUGCGCCAGUGCCUGGUCACUCACAACGGGAUUGUGUUGGGCAUCAUCACAAAGAAGAAUAUAUUAGAGCAUCUGGAGGAGCUCAAGCAGCACACGGAGCCCCUGGCGGCUUCUUGGUAUUAUCACAAAAAAAGACAUCCUUCGUCACAUGGCUCAAAUGGCAAACCAAGAUCCAGAGUCCAUCAUGUUCAACUGAUCCGGUCCUUCCAGGACGGCUGGGGGGGAGGGGGAGACGGCAGUGAAGAGGAAGAGGAUGAGGAGGAGGUGUGCCUCCUGAACGGCUCCGAUCUCUGACAUUCAGACCCCGUUAUUUUCUUUUCUUUUUAGUGUUCAGCUUUGUGAACCCUGAGCCUCACUGACUGAUUGUGGGCCCUCCCCCCCACAGAGACUUAACGGCCACAAGAGGAGGGGGGAGAAAAACAAAAAAAAAGAUGAUAAGACUUGUUUAUUAUCAUCUGGCUGCUGAGGACACACAGAGGUCACGGGUUGAAGGCACACACAUGAGGAAGGCACUUUCUACACACACACAAAAGAAUACACUUUUGCACUUGCAGACACCACAGACAUGCAUGCUGUCUCAAAACACACACACACACACACUCCCUCACCUGUAAAGUUACACCCAUUUGCACUCUUCGUGCGCCUCGUCCUGUCAUCCUGCGCAUGGCCUGGUCGGUGUCAGAGGUCAGAAUGAACCGCCGACGAGGGACGCGAUGAGGGACCUCGAUACCUCCGGGCUCCUGCAUCCUCACUCCCUCGUCACACACAAAUACACACCUCCAAUCUGUCCGUCCUCC